AGGAGCCCGUCGCUGGCCCUGCUGCCCGCGUCCCCGCCGCGGGCCAGCGGCGAGGAGACCCCGCCGCUGCCGGUCUUCCCGAGAGAGGGCACUUCGAGGUACGCGCGGCUGCCCCUGCAGCCCUCCUUGCUGCAGAACCGGCCCGACAUCCACCGGCUUCCACUGGGCAAGCCGCCGCGGAGGGCCUCCCGCGAAGGCGACUGCUGCGCGCGCGGCGAGGCCGCGGGCGACGAGAAUUCCAAGCACGCAGGCACCAGAGAGCCGGCGCUUCGCUCGGGGGCAUGUGAACGGGCAGGGGGCGAGUUUGAAUUCGUCGGUGGCGCGCCGCGGGACGCCUCGGCCGCAGCGAGGUGAGGCGGCAGCAGGGUCGAGGAUCGAGGGUGGCAGA